ACGCCGGUAUACCGACACUUAUCUGCUGGUAACCUACGGUGACUCGUCAAUCAGUUUAACGCCGUGACCACAAGCGUUAGAUCGUGUUUUUCUCUGCGAAAUAUUUUCGUUUAACGAAUAGUUCGAGCGCAAAGAAAAAAUGGAUUACCGUUUACAGCUGGCCACUUUUUUGUUGGCCGUCUACUGUUGCCACGGAUUGCCGAAUAACACACGUCCAUACAACAUUCUGGUGUUUCUACCAACCGAGACCAAAAGCCAUUUUAUAGGGUUCAAACCGCUGCUGGAGACAUUAGUGACCAGAGGUCACAAUGUGACUCUAGUUUCACCAUUUGCGUUAAGUUCACCGUCAUCACAUUACACUCACGUCAAAGUGGAAAUCACCGAAAACGUGGCAGGUAACGUGAACUUCCUGGACAAGAACGCGCCGAUGAACCUACUGCCGCUGUACAUGAUCGCGUUGUGGCUGGGCCCGAUGAUGACCCGGAACGCGGUGGACAAGAAGUCCGUACGGGACUUCGUGACCGGCGACCGGUCCUCGUUCGACCUGGUGAUAGUCGAGAACUUCUUCCACGAGUGUUUCGUGACGCUCGGCCACAAGUACGGGACGCCGGUGGUGCAGCUGCUGCCGUUCGCCGCCAACCCCAGGGUGUCGCAGUGGCAAGGCAACCCGUACGGGACAGCGUACGUGGCCGAUUUCACGGCCCAUUACGUGGCGCCGAUGACGUUCGCGCAACGCGCCAAGAACGCCGUGGCCACCCUGUUCAGCACGUGGGUGAUCCGACUGCUGUACAUGCCUCAGCAGCGGGCCAUCAUGAACGAGCACUUAGUGUACGCGGGCCACGAGAGCCGGCCCGACCUGGAGACGAUGCUCCAGAACGUGUCGCUCACGUUGGUCAACAGCCACCCGAUGAUCGCCCCGGCCGCGCCGUACGUGCCCAGUUAUGUGCAGGUGGCCGGCAUGCAUACGAAACCGGCCGGACCGCUGCCCGAGGAUCUAAAAGCCAUUAUGGACUCAGCCGAGCAUGGAGUGAUAUAUUUUAGUUUGGGUUCGGUGGUCAAGUCAUCAAAAAUGCCCCAAGAAACAGUGUCUCUUCUGUUAUCGGAAUUAGCCAAGCUCAAGCAAACGGUUCUGUGGAAAUGGGAAGAUGAUCAGCUGCCUAACUUGCCGAAAAACGUCAAAGUCAAGAAAUGGUUUCCUCAAAACGAUAUAUUGGGUCACCCUAACUGUCGGCUGUUCAUCACUCAUGGUGGGAUACUUAGUCUGAUCGAGGCCAUUUACCACGGUAAGCCAAUGCUGUCCAUACCGGUAUUCGGUGACCAGGCGCACAAUUCAAUCGAAGCCGAGAGCAGGGGAUUCGCUUUAUACGUGCCAUACUUUGAACUGACGGCCGAGGCUUUCGGAACGAAACUCCAACAACUUUUGCAAGAUCCUAGGUUCGGCGAGGCGGCCGCCAAGGCAUCUUCAAUAAUGUAUGACAAUCCCACGCCCAUCAUGGACAAAGCUGUAUUUUGGAUCGAGUUCGUCAUCCGGCACAAAGGUGCGCCCCACCUACGUACAACCGCAAACCAAGUCUACUGGUUUCAAUAUUACAUGUUGGACGUGAUCGCGGCCGCGGCGGUCGCGUUUGCCGUAAUUUCGUAUAUCAAUAUCAAAUUUUGGUCGUACCUGCUGAAGAGAAUAUUCGGUGGUAAAACAAAGUCCGCCGCUUCAAAAGUAUCAACAAGCAAAAAGAAUAAAUAAUGAUAGUGCGCAAUAUUAUAUAUUGGUUCCCACCUGCUAUUUACAUGGCUGACCACAGUACUACAGCUGCAUAGGUAUAGUUUUCUUGUUUGUGCCGUUCAAAUUUUUAAUUAAAAUAUAUCUCUCUGUUUGUAUACAUAUAUUUAUAAAUAGAUUUUAAAUAUUAGUAUUCGUAUUUACUUACUUGCCCUACAUCUUAUUGUAACCUCGUUCGUAAGACGUUUUAAUAUUUAUAUCUUAAUGAUUGUGUAUACCUAUGCUAUUUUACACGUAAUAUUGUACGAAUAAAAAUAAACUCAAUAAAUUAAUAAUGCAUUGUUGGUGUGUA